AGCAUCUUGUACAAUCUAUUUGGAGAUAUUCGUUUCACCUUUUUCUUCUUUUUGGUUCAUCAUCAAAAAUACAAUAUAAGCACAGCUCAGCGGGGAGAACAAUGCACUGCCGUGAGAAGUUGGAGGCAGGAUCCGAGGGUGUUGAUCAAUGCGUCUUAAGUCUUUUUUUAUGAUUUACUCUUGCGUGCAUAAGCGCACCGAGGGGAUUUUGUGUACAUUAGAUGGCACGGUCUCUCCUAUUUUGGUACCUUUAACUGUCGUUGCUUUGCUUUGCAAACAAAUGUGCCAGGUUUUGUGAGGGGAAGCAGCGCGUCAGCCCUGGCGCUCAUUAUUGUUGUGGAGGAGCAGAAAGCGAUUAUUAUGUUUCUGAUCCAACCCUGCUACAGCAGCAUUUCUCAGUGGCUCCUCUUGUUUUUGAAGUAGAUUUGAUUAACUUUCCAACGCGCCACUAUAUCCUUCAUAAGAAAGGCAGUGCAUUCAGCUUAAUUCUCCUGUCCAGUGUAGGUUGUUCCAGGGGCAGGUGUAGAAUCCCUCGGUCCCUCUGCGCUUGUGGACACAUCGUGACAGGUGUGUGCUGAGCGGGAUUGGCUGGGAGGCUCAAAGUGAAGCGCACCGAAAGGAGUUUGGAAGACUCGUCAAUGAGCGGAAGACUUCAGAACCAAGGACAGUUCCAAACAGCUGUCUGGCAAACAUGCCCAAAGUCAGCAACAUCUGGACUCUGCUCAUCUCGUCAAGCUCUUUAAACAUUUCUGUGUAGUCUGCCGGUGCGAGGAGGACGAGCCAACACAUCCAGGAGGGGAAAGGAAAUAUAAGACAUGCUGUACUUGCUGAGGGAAGACUUGAAAGUGAACGGCCUCCAGACUGUGUGAAGCUCUAUCUCGCUCUACUUCAGCCAGCUAAACCCUCCUACCUGUUUCUACCAUGCUGCAUGUAGUGCUGUACCCCAAGUGGAGGGCCAACUCAGCCCAUUACUGGCCCCUCCACAUGUUCCUGUUGGACCUGCUGAUAGUAGGAGUCCUGCCAAGUAUUUCCAGAUUUCCCCCUGCAGCCAAACGCGAGAUCAUUGUUGAUGGGGACUUGGUGAUUGGAGGCCUGUUCCCCGUGCAUGGAAAAGGUGAGGGGAUGGAGGACUGUGGGAAGAUCAACGAGGAGAGAGGAAUCCAGAGACUGGAGGCCAUGCUGCUGGCACUUGAUGAGAUUAACUCCAGCGACCGCAUCCUUCCCGGACUCCAGCUGGGCGCCCACAUCCUGGACACCUGUUCCAAGGACACCUACGCUCUGGAGCAGUCCCUAGAUUUUGUCAGGGCCUCUCUCACCAAGGUGCAGGAUCCAGGUUUCAUCUGCCCAGACGGCUCCAGGCCCGUCCAAAACGAUAUUCCACUGGCCAUUUCUGGGGUUAUUGGAGGAUCCUACAGCGACGUCUCAAUUCAGGUGGCCAACCUCCUGCGUUUGUUCCAAAUACCUCAGAUCAGCUAUGCCUCCACAAGUGCAAAGCUCAGUGAUAAGACCCGCUAUGAUUACUUUGCACGCACCGUGCCCCCUGACUUCUACCAGGCCAAGGCCAUGGCGGAGAUCCUGCGUUACUUCAACUGGACCUACGUGUCAACAGUGGCAUCAGAGGGUGAUUAUGGUGAGACCGGCAUAGAUGCCUUCCAGCAGGAGGCCCGCACUCGCCAAAUCUGCAUCGCCACUUCAGCUAAAGUCAGCCGCUCCAUGAACCGCCAAGGUUACGAGAAUGUGAUCCGUUCCUUGCAGCAGAAAUCCAAUGCCAGGGUGGUCAUCCUGUUCACCCGUAGCGAGGACGCCCGUGAGCUACUGGUUGCUGCUGCUCGAAUGAAUGUCAGCCUCAUAUGGGUGGCAAGUGAUGGAUGGGGGGCGCAGGAGAGUCUUGUAAGAGGCAGUGAGACUGCAGCAGAAGGAGCUUUUACCAUUGAACUAGCAUCCUAUCCAAUCAGAGAAUUUGAGGACUACUUCACCAAGCUGAACCCAUACACCAACACGAGGAACCCAUGGUUCAAAGAGUUCUGGGAACACCGGUUUGGUUGUAGCCUGCAAGAGCCCGGUUGCAGUGAACACAGCUUACGAGACGGGACUUUUGAGCCGGAGUCCAAGAUUAUGUUUGUGGUGAAUGCUGUCUAUGCCAUGGCCCAUGCUCUGCACAACAUGAGACAAGCAGUAUGCUCCAACAUGUCCAAAGUCUGUGAUGCCAUGAAACCAGGCAAUAACAAAAGAUUUUAUAAGGACUUCAUCUUGAAGACCAGAUUUGAAGCUCCAUUCAGACCUGCUGACACAGAGAGCAUGGUGCGCUUCGACUCUGUUGGUGACAGCAUCAGCCGCUACAACAUCUUUCAUUACUCUAAAGAAGAGGAUAAGUUCAGCUACAAGAAAGUUGGCUAUUGGGACCAAAUACUCACCCUGAACACCACCCUGGUGGCCUGGCAUGGCAAUGUUCCUCCGACCUCCCAGUGUAGCGACCCCUGCAAGAAGAAUGAAGUGAAGAGCAUGCAGCCCGGAGAUGUGUGCUGCUGGAUCUGUAUUCCCUGUCAGCCCUACCAGUAUCUGCUGGAUGAGUUCACCUGCGCUGACUGCAGCUUCGGUCAGUGGCCGCUGGCUAACUUGACUGGCUGCUAUAAUCUGCCUGAAGAGUACAUCCGUUGGGAGGAUGCCUGGGCUAUUGGGCCUGUAACCAUCUCCUGUCUUGGCAUAUUGUGCACCUUGUCAGUAGUGGGUCUGUUCUUCAAACACAAUGAAACACCUGUGGUCAAAGCAAGUGGACGGGAGCUGUCAUACAUCCUCUUGCUAGGAGUGCUGAUGUGCUACAGCAUUACUUUCGUCUACAUCGCCAAACCUUCCACUACGGUUUGCACGCUACGUCGACUUGGUCUGGGCACUUCAUUUGCUGUGUGUUACUCUGCCUUGCUGACCAAAACCAACCGGAUUGCUCGGAUCUUCAGUGGGGUGAAGGAUGGAGCCCAGCGGCCGCGCUUUAUCAGCCCAGGCUCCCAAGUAGCAAUAUGCUGUGCUCUUAUCUCCUGCCAGUUGCUGGUUGCUGUUAUUUGGCUUGUAGUGGAAGUGCCAGGGGUACGGAAGGAGGUGACCCCAGAGAGGCGAAAUGUGGUCACUCUGAAGUGCAACAGCAAGGACACCAGCAUGCUUAUGUCACUCACCUACAACUGCAUCCUCAUCAUCCUCUGCACUGUUUAUGCUUUCAAGACGAGAAAGUGCCCUGAAAACUUCAAUGAGGCCAAGUUCAUCGGGUUUACAAUGUACACCACCUGCAUCAUCUGGCUUGCCUUCCAGCCUAUCUUCUAUGUCACUGCCAGUGACUACAGGGUGCAGACCACCACCAUGUGCAUCUCUGUCAGCCUCAGUGGAUCAGUGGUUCUUGGCUGCCUCUUUGCACCGAAAAUCCACAUCAUCCUGUUCCAGCCUCAGAAAAAUGUGGCCACGCUCAGAGUCACAGCCAACCGCUUCAGUGCCACAGUGUCUACUUCCGCCUCCGCUCCUGGCUCCAACUACUCAAAAGGAUCAGCCUCCAACUACGUCCCUGCGGUUUGUAACGGCCGUGAAGUGGUGGACUCUACAACGUCCUCUUUGUGAAAAAGCAGCUCAUCUUAUCAGUCACCCCUCAGUCAGACAGGGCUGUGUGCGACUGACCCUCACACCAUCUCACGCGUCGCAGAGACACCUGUCAGGACAGAAUGAGUGAAGCAGCAAGAGUAACUGGAACCGUGAAGGCUAACUGAUGUUUUUGCAUCGAGCAGUAUGUAUGAACUGUAAAGACCUUUUCUUUUUUUUGUAUAGAUUUAAAACGCUGUAAUCUCCAUGAUUUACAGGUAGAUGUGGUACAUAAACCGUGCCUUGUCCUAAAAGAGUCUUGUUGUCAAAUGGGUGGUUGUGAAGCAGUAGUACUAAGGAUGUUCUUAUCUUGUCCUAAUAGUGCUGUGACUAUAUCCAAUGUUGUAGAUAUUGUGCAAAAAAAAUAUAAAGCUGAAGCUGUGAAAUAAAUUAAGCUCUCUAUUAAAAUGUGACUAACCAUUGUUAAAAGAUGAAAACUAGGUAACUAGGCAACAUUAAGACCAUGUAUUGAUUUAGACUAGUGAAAAGGUAUGUGCUUUAUUGUAAUUUAUGUAAAUAGUAUGUUU